AAAAAUCACAAUCAUGUUUGGCUUCGAAUCCUUUGCUUAACUCACACAACACACAACAAUAAGAAAUCAUCAUCAACGAUUCACCGAUUCAUCUAAACAGCAGUUGAAUCAAGCAAUCAGAAUCAAUCGACAGAGAAAUGGCUCGAGCUGGAGGAAUAACGAAUGCAGUAAACGUAGGGAUAGCAGUACAAGCUGAUUGGGAGAAUCGAGAAUUCAUUUCUCACAUCUCCCUCAAUGUUCGUCAACUCUUCGAUUUCCUUGUUCAAUUCGAGGCUACAACAAAGAGCAAAUUGGCAUCUCUGAAUGAGAAACUUGACACACUAGAGCGUCGUCUAGAAAUGCUUGAAGUACAAGUGGGUACUGCUACAGCCAAUCCAAAUUUAUUCAAGACUUGAUUUCCUCGACUAUGGCAUUGUAGAGAAAAAAAAAGCAAAAGCAAAGGCCAACAUCAGAAUGUGAGGUGAUUAAGCUUGUUCAAAAAAUUCAGUAUGAUACGUAUGAAGUUUGUUUUGCCUUAUUUUUCCAUAUAUUUAUUCAUGUAGCUGAUCUGUGCAUUUUGUAAUUGGAAGAGUUCCCUUCUCUUUGUUUUCAUAUCACUUUUUAUCUCAAUGAAGAUUUGAAUGCAGUUUGUUGUGCCUUC